AUGUCCUUUCGACAAGCCUUCAAGAUGGCCGUCCUCGCCGCCGACGAGCUCCCUACUCUGUCAUUACUCUACAAGCUUGGAAAGCUGAAGGCACCCCCUCCCGGCAGGGAAGCUCCCGCCACAAUCUCCUACAAUAAUACGACUCCGACUCCCUCCAAAGCUCUCAACGAUCGCGUAAGCGUUUACCGAGGAGAUAUCACAAAGCUCGAGGUCGAUGCCAUAGUCAAUGCGGCCAACGAGAGCCUACUAGGCGGAGGUGGCGUCGACGGCGCAAUCCACAAUGCUGCUGGACCAGGACUGCUGGCCGAGUGUCGCAAGCUUAACGGGUGCGACACUGGCUCUGCGAAGAUCACUGGCGCAUACAAUCUGCCCUGCAAGAAGGUCAUCCAUGCCGUUGGCCCCGUCUACAACUUCAUGAAGCCGAAGAAGAGCGCGGAGUUGCUGACUGGCUGCUAUACCACAAGCCUGGAGCUAGCUGUGGCGAACGGGUUGAAGACAAUUGCGUUCAGCGCCCUCAGCACGGGUAUCUACGGCUAUCCAAGCUCGGAUGCAGCGCCAGUGGCGAUCAGCGCUGUGAAGAAGUUCCUAGAGAGCGAUGACACUCUUGAGAAGGUGGUGUUUGUCACCUUUGUUCAGAAGGACGUCGAUGCUUACGAUCGCUUCUUACCGCUUUACUUCCCUCCCGUGCCCGAGGCAUCACAGCCAGCCCCUACCGAUCCCGAGUCAACGACAGGUGGUGCUGACGAGGCGGCCCAAGAAGCGGAGGCUGAGAAAGUGGCAAGCAAGCUACCCGAUGUCCCUAAGGCAGACCCAGACUCCGAGCAUGCAGACAAAAAGCAGAAACACGACACCUGA